GGUCGAUUCGUUCGGAUUCGUCGGGCGGCUUCUGGAUCCGUGGCGUUGUUCUUCGCGUUCUUCGGUGGGAUUUUACUGUGGCAGAGGGGGGAAUCCAGCUUUUUUUUUGGGGUGGUGGUGAUUCGGUUUUUCUUGGGAAGGAGAAGGAAGUUUUCCACGGGACGUCCCCUCGUCUCGAUGUCCUUUGAGGUGGAGUUGUGUGCUGAUUGAUGGUUAGGAAAGUUAGGUUUUUCAUCAGCCGUCGAGGCCGAGACCAAAACCUGGGGUGGUUCUGUUUUUUUUUGUUGUGUAUGCGGCCAUAUUCCACCUGAUUACAAGGAUUAAUCUCGUUGCGGUGGCAUCGCAUCGCAAGUGAAAAACUCCCGAGGCUGGAGAGGAAGGAUCUAGCGAAGGAAUUAGGCUCAUGCUAGUAGUAAGUGUGGUGUGUAGAUCUCCUGCUUUCAAGUGUUUGUGUGUGUAGGGUGCGAUGGAAAGCAAAAGUUUCUUGUGUCUGAGAAAAGCUUAUGGCACCACCGAGAAAAUCGAGACUGGAGCACGGCCAGGGAAAAAGAUGGUCUCGUUAGUGUUCGGAUAAAGGAAUUCCUUACAGCAUCGGCAAGUCGGGAAAACUCUCGGAUACAGAAGGCUGAAAAGUUUUUCCUGAACCUGUGAUGGAAAAUUGAUGUCUCCUUAUCAAGAGGCACACCAAGAUACAGGGGGGGAAUUCGAAAGUGCGAUGUGCUAUCAAAGUGGUGCCGCACGUGAGUUCAAACACGGCAACUGAUACGGUGUGGUGAGCUUGCUCUGGGUGAGUGUUUUUUUCGUAUUCGUAUUUCGGAAAAGGGGAUAACUUACCGGAGUGUAAAUAUUGUGCAAAUGGGAGAAGAGUGUUGCCAACCUCAGCCCCUCAACGACGACAACCCCCAAACCCGGCUCCCAAAAGUCGGGGGAGUAUAAUAUCAGCCGCUGCGCUUGGGGUUUACCUCAAAACCGAAGAGCGCCUGUUGGUAGACCCCUUGCUGUGACGUUGUCAUUCCAUCAUUGCGCCGAGGUGGACGUGCCCUUAAGACGAAACGAAACGAAACCAACAAACAAACCCACAAAAAAGCAACGUGUGACGGUGCCGAUGGGAAAAUGUGUGUACGCUGUUAGGUGGAAAAUUUUUCGUGCCCCCUUCCCUAGGAAAUUGCGGAACCAAAACCAGCCCGCAAAUUAAGUCCAAAAGGAUACGAUCGACAUACCUACAUGUAGGCGACAAAUUCGACAAGCAGCGAACGUGGAUCCGAAAAUUUCCUCAGAUCAACCGGGUCGUUGCGGUAGCCACAUAUCGUUGGCUGGGAUUUCGAUGGAUGAUUCAAUUGCGCUCUGAUUCAAUAUCCGGCGGACGGAGAAGAAUGCGCAGACGAAAAAUAUGGGGGGCAGCAAUAGAAGUGUACUAGCAUUUUAUCGACGCCGUCAAGAAAAUCGGUGGCGCUGAAGUCAAAAACGUGUGUCAUAUUUUGCAGUUUUCCAUCUUCCAGGAGACUGGCAUCGUCGUCGGCGUCGUCGUCCUCGGUUGACAAAUCUCUGUGAAAGCGCCGGAGAAAAGUGGGGUUCGAGGUUAAAGGUUUUCGUUAUCGGGGAAAACCCGGAACACGUGCCGCGCACUUUCUUUUGGAUACGUGUAAUGUGAAUGCCGGUGGCUUCUUCCGAGGAAGAUGAAGUGCUAAUGGGAAAAUGAAGAUUUAUGAGCGUUUUAUGGCUAGUGGUUGUGGUGCGCUUUUCGAGUGCGACAUCUGAGGUCGGAAAAGCUCCAGCGGAUGCUGCGGACGACCGGACUGGGGUAAUAGAAAAAUUAGUGGUUUACGAUUUGUGUCUGUGAUUGGGUAGAUUUCCUCUUUUUUCCUGCUCCGGUUUACAAAGGGUAAAGAGUGUUGGCAUUCAAGCUGAGAGAAAUACGAAGGUUAUUCCGGCCAAGUGGAGGUCAGUUGGUCGUAUCUGUGCAUAUAAAUACGAAGAGGAGCAGAAAGUUGUCGGAAAUUGCUCCGGCCGCACCCGGAUUAGUGUCAUAAAUAUUGCAGAAGCGGUCAAAGUUCGAGCUAAAUUAUUACGGUAAACGAUUCAUGACCUAACCGGGUCCAGGUUUGAGUCGGUCUCGCAUGGCAAAACUUCAAUUUCCAAGUGUCACGGAUUCAUAAAUAAUCACCCGUGUCCGAGCGAAUCCUUGGCGAUAAUCCUCUAAAUAAGAGUCAAGUCAGAGGGCAGGCAAAGUUGCCGGCUUUAAGUCGAAAGUCAGUCAGUCUGAGUUAGUUGAAGAGUUCUGAAAAAGGAAAACCGUCACACUCGUCCUCUUCGUCGUGGUGCAGCAGCUGACGCCAUCUUAGGGCGCGGAACCUCAUAAUGGGCUGUGGACAAAGCAAAAUCCAUCUCUAUCCGAGGAAAAACAAGAGCAAAUCCAACGGGAAGAAAAGUGGACACAUUGAAGACGCCGAUGCGGACGAAGAAGACGGACAAGGCAAUGGAGGCGGAGGAGGAGGAGGCCGAGGGGACGAUCGAGGGGACCGGGAAAUCAACGGCGAGAAGGAAAAGCUCAACGAGGAUGAAUCCCUGCGGGGGGACGACGGAUCUCCGGAGCCACCGAACGGGGAAAUCGUCUCGAUACUGCGGAAGAACGUUUCGCUGCUACAAAAUCAAGAAAUUUCUUCCAGCCAGCAGAACUUCUUCAAGAUGUUGGACCAGAAGAUUGAAGAGGGCCCAGAUUACGACUCCAGCAGUGAAACCGAGCUCGCACUUGAAGAGGCCCGGAUGAAUGCCCUCGUUCAGCACUGGGAAUCGGCCAGCUUGACAACGUCCAUGUGUUCUUCCACUAGCCGGUCACUUCAGGGAACGCCGGUGCGGCAAGUGUCACUAAGGCAACCUCAACUGAGACCAUCAUUCCAGCAACCUCUCAGUGCAGAGUUGCUCUCGCAGCAGCAGUUGAUCAAACAGCAACACCAGCUAAUAUUCCAACAGCAACAACAACAGCAGCAACUUCAACAACAACAACAGCAGCAGCAGCAGCAACAGCAAAUCAUACACCAAAACUUCAACAUCAACAUGAACAUUAACAGUCCAAAACGGGUAAUAGGAAGUGGGAGCGUAGUCAGUGUGGGUGGAAUCCCACUAAAUCUGGACAGCCGGCAAAUGCUGGCCCAAACCAUAAUCCACCAGAACUACGGAGUGUUGCAGCCACCUGGGACGGCACCUCAGCUACGUCCCAGCUCUGGGCGAACGUUGCCAACUCCGGUGCAAAGUCUUCAGCUAUCGUACUAUCAGCAGCAGCAACAGCAACAGUUGCAAGCCCAUCAACAGCAACAGCAGCAGCAACACCAGCAACAGCAAGCUCAACAGCAGCAGCAACAACUCCAAGGGCUGGCCAGUGCCAUCUCCGGAGGAUCUCUACAGCAAUUCCAAGCGCAAUCGUUACCACCGCAUACGUACUACAAUGAUAUUCUGAGGCAUCCUCUGCAGCUUUCAUCUUCCCUACAAUCGCAACAGCAGCAAUCUUCCUCCGGAAUCCCAUCGGUGUCUUCGUCCCUGGUUGGCAGCGAUCUCGGGGGACCCUCCACGUCGUCAUCGGUAUCGAUCGGCAGCAGCGGAAGUUUGCUAGCCGGUUCAGCCGGUGGACUUUCGAUGGGCGGCGGGGGCAGCGGUCCUCCCCCGAUGGACACUCCCCGCUUCCCACCGGCCAUUUCGGUGCAUCGCCUAGCGCCUCAGGUCCAGCGGCAGCUGCGCGAAACGCAAGAAAUGAUCAAGGACUCCUGCUCGCAGCUGUACGCCUCCGGAUAUGGAAGCCCUGGGCCACCCCCGAUGGCCCCCCUCAGGACGAACGCUUCAGCUGCCGCGAAUGCCGUGACCGCCGCCAGAGCAGCAGCAGCCGCAGCCGCAGCCUCCCGCCGACCUCCUCCACAGCCACAGCAACAGCAGCAGCAGACGACGGCGACGUCGCUGGAAACGUCCCAGUACUCGUCCGAACUUUCGUGAUAUCUAGAACAGUAGUAGUAGUGAGGUGAGGUGAGGUGAGGAGAGACGCCUGUCUGCCUGCGCUGCCCCGGUGAUGCGUGUGAUGCGCGAUUCUAGUACUUAGAAUAGUUACGUGUACAUUUUUCCGAUGGAACCUUAGCGACUGGGUUGGGGGAUCGGCUAGUUUUAGACUUUCCUUAGAUUGGAUCUUGUUUUCGGAUUUUUUUUAGUUUUAAGAACAUUAAAUCGAAAAAAUUUUAGGGGAUCGGAAAUUUAACUAUUUUAGUUCCAAUUUAGAACCAUGCUUUGCCAAUUCGCGUCUCACAAUGAUUUUUUUUCUUUCCUCAAACGAGUUGAUGUCAGCUUCCGGAUACGAUUAAAGUUCUUUAAAAAAAAAUCCCAACUGUCACCGUCUGAAUGCCACAGUUUGAAAUCGAUAUCACUCCCUCCCCCAUUCUAAAUGCAUCGGAAUCAUCCCAAAUAACAGCGGCAAAUGACAUAAUGCCGCUAAAUAAUGAAAUUAUCUGCUCGCCGCGCCGGUUCAACUUGAAUCCAUCGUCGAACGGUCAAAGAUUUAUUGCGCUUUCCGCCCCAGCAAUUUAACCCAAACUGACCGACUGACCGGACCUCUCCGAUGCAAUCAGGGUCGGUCGGUCGGUCGGGUCUCUUCAGUCAGAAUCCAUUACGCCGCCCUAGCUGAGUGACCCGUUUGUCAAUUUCGAUGAACAUACAUAUAUACCUAACCUCACCUAACCUAUCCUCUCACAGACUCAGCUCACAUGGCUCCGAGCGGGUGUGUGGAUCGAAAUAGGAUUAGGUAGCCGUCCGCCGAAUGGUUUCGUGGAAUUUUGGACCACUAUCGAUGAUGGGAUGCUGUAUAUUGACAGGACAUACCGUACUGUAGUAGAAUGUCCUCCUUCUACAAAUCUGCAGCCAGGUAAAGUCAUUAAUUACAAGUCCUCUUGUCUCGUGUCACCUCUCGUCGAUGAGGGCGUUUGUGACAGCCAGAGUGCCAGGGUUUAGGAUCGAAGCAUUAUUUAUUAGUCUCAUUUUUCGAUUUCCCCUUUAAAGUUCCUUACGUACGUGUAUUCGAAAAUUAAUGAACACUUUGUUUUGUAAAAAACUUUUGUUUGAAUGCAUGAAUGUAAAUUGAAGAAAUUUGCAGCAAAGUUACCUGGUAACGUCAUGUUUACAUGUGCAAAUUUUUGUGAUGUUCUGUCAAGUGGUUUUUGAGAUAGCGUCCAAUGAAGAAAUUUUUCAACUUUAAUAUUUAGGCAACACCUGUGCCAUCUAUACUAAGGUUGCCAGAUUACCCUGUUUCAUCCGGGUUUGCCCGGAUAUUUAGUACAAAAUUUGGGAACAGUCCGGCCCGGCCCGGUUGCCCGGAUUUCAUUGAAAAAUGCCCGGAUUUUAUCACUAUAUUUAGCAAAUCAUACAAAAAAACGACAAUCGCCUCCAAAACGAUAUUUUUAGAGAUAGUUUUUUUAAAAACUGCGUAAUGGCACGAUUCCAAAUCCAACUUAAAUUAUAGUCUUUUUAGCCAUUCAUCGUGUCAAUCGCUAUGAAAGACUGAGUAAUUUGCAGUUUCCACAGAUCGUUAAACUACUCAGGUACUAGACAUUCAAUUUUUCAGUUUUUUCUCCUCGUUCAUUUUCGGGAAAUACAGGCGAAACUACGUACUACGACUAAGACGUAAAGUUUCUGGUUGGAAACCUUCCGCUAUAGAGUUCGUUUUGCUGUCCAUUAUGAAACUUUUUAAAAGAUCUCCCCACAAGGAGUCCAAAUAUUUUGCGCACGAUUUCACCACCGCAUUUUGUUUAUUUUACCGGUGGGCAGCUUUUCCACCUUAUAAAAAUAAAGUCAUACUUUUAAGUCAGCUAGUCAGCCUAAUCAGAAAAAAUGACUUUUUUAUCACUUCCUCUAUUCAUAUUUUCAGAUUGAGCUUCAAAAAAACUUCUCACAUCCUAACAAAGAUUUUGGCUGUACAAGAAGAACAAUUUUCUGAAAAAUUGCUGAAACAAAUCUACUUGGCUGAAGACAACAUUCUUUUCCAACUACAAAGAUAUAGAACGUUACUUCAGCAAUAGCACACUGUUGUUCAUCGAUCGAAGGACGUCACUUUCAUGACAUCCCGAGCUCUAGUUAGUUUUAUUGACGUUGGGCCUGCUAAUGAGAAUCACGUUUGCUGCUUAUACCUCAACUCCCAUCAGAAUGACAGAAGAUUAGAUUGAAAAACUGAGUUAAGCUAUCGGUUUGUCAUCCUCUCACAUACCUGGCCUAUCGCCAAAAGCCAGUUAAUGAAAUCCUUUGUAGCAGAUAGAUAUUGAUGAAAUUAGAUUUUUUUUAUAAUCUUUCAUUAGAAAAGACUUUUCUCAAGGUUGAAGUUUUCCAUCAAAAUACAAUUUAAACAUUUAUUCAAUUUCUUCAAAGAGAUUGAAUUUUGGGUCGAAAACAUUUCUGUCAUUUAAGACCGCCGAAUUCUUGAUUGGUUCUGCGAUCUGCGGCAUGAGACCAGUAACACAGAGAACAGGCGUACAAGCUGCUACAACAAAAAAUCUUCAAAAAAAGUGUGUAAAAUUUCAAAUGCUGUCAUCCAAAAAAUAUGUUGAAAAUUGACUUGAUACAGUGCCAUCUAUUGCACCGUUAAAAAGUUACAAAUCAAAUUUUCAAGUGCCCAAUUUUCGAAAAGGCGUAAUCGUAUAUGAUAUAAGACGGGUUCAAUUUAUUGCUACAUAAAUGCAAUAAGAGUUACUUUUGACUGGACAGAAUUGCACUUCCUUUAUUUUGUACGGUUUUAUACUUAUUGACUUUUUUCGGUGAGUAAAACCACAGACCUACAUGCUAGCCCACGAAACUUUUGUGAAAAUCCCAACAUCCUUUUUGAACCAAUUUUAGUUUUUUGGCUGGGCCACCAGAUGUCUCCAAACACACCAAAUAGGUCGUAUGAGCUGCUUAGCAUGCUUUAAAAAAUAGAUGUUGAAGUUUCGUAAUACGUUCGUCAUGUUGCAUGAAAAAAAAAUCAUAAAAGUUAUUAUCUUGUUUUCUUCAAAUUUGUAUGAAAUACAAAGUUUAAAACAGCUGGAUGCUAAAGUAAUAUGUGAAAGUAACCCGCUUUGUGAUGCCUACAAUCAGUACUGCUGGGUGAGACUGAUCGUCAAGAAAGUUCUUGUAUUUGACUGGACAUAGGUGAUGAAUUUUCUAACAUAAAUUACUGUUCAAGAAGUGCGAAAACUUAUACCAAAGCUGUUAGUUAUCUUAACUGUCAUAGUAGUGCAAACAUAAAGAAAGUGAAAUUUCGCCUAGUUAAAAGUAACUCUGAUUUUAUUUAUUCAGCAAUAAAUAAAAGCCGUCCAUUUUACUGAGACAUGGAUUGAUAUUUUGUGAGUUCAUAUACGAUUACGCCUUUUCGAAAACUGGGCACUUUCAAGUUGAUUUGUAACUUUUGAACGGCGCAAUAGUUUGUAGUCAAUUUCUAACGUAUUUUUUUGGUGAUAGCAUUGUGGUAUCCUGACGAAAGAGGUAAACAGCAAGAGUAAAGAGAACAUAAAAAGCGAGCAUAGGCGAGAGCAGAGGCUCAAUCUAGAAAGAACCGGCAAGCAGUUCAGAUGGGGAUAUCAUAAGCAUUUGAAAUUCUACACACUUUUCUAACGAUUUUUUGUUCGAGCUUGUACGUCUGUUCUCUGUGGUAAAACUACGCAACGUUCCGGGUUAUUUCUCUUCACCCAUCAUCAGAUGUCCCCCAGAGUAACCCGAAACGUUACAUAAAUUAAAAAAUAAAAAGAAAAAUUUUACACUCACCGAAAAAGAUCAAUAUGUAAAAAGCGUAUAAAAAGUACCGGUGAUAAACUUUUGUUCAUUCCUUUAUUUUUGCACUUCUGAGGCAUGCGAAAUAACUAACAGUUUCAUAAUAAAUGUUUGCACUUCUUGAACGUUUAUCGCCAGAGUCGAAUCGGUUAUUUGUUUGUUUGUUUGUUUGUUUGUGUAAAAACAUAAACGGACCACAUGUUGAUCCUAAUGAUAACUUAAUAAAAUAAUGAGUUAAAAACUAGUUAAAUCUACAAAGUUCUCGAAACCAUUAAAAUUUUUCUUCGGAAAGUAGUCCUUGAAGCGUCGAAGUCGAAGUACUCGGCGAAGCGGUUGAAAGUUCUCAAAAUCCCAAUAAGAGCGCUGUUGGCUCCGUAGUUAUUCAGCCGGAUGGGAACAUAGAGCUGUAGAUUUUGGUUCCUUAAUCCUCGGGGUCGCACACUGAGAGGAAUAGCCUCCAGCAGCAUGGGAGCGUCAAUCCUCGACGCAAGGAGAUCCGCUAAGACUAGAGCACGUGCAGCGUUACGACGAAUUUGAAGCGUGUCUAAAUCAAUUAGGCGGCAACGGUUUUCGUAACUGGGUAAACGAAACGGAUCUAACCAGUUCAAGUGUCGCAGGGCAUAACGUAUGAAACGCCGCUGGAUAGCCUCUAUUCGUUCAGCUCCGUUCUGGCAAAAUGGGCACCAAACUGCAGAUACAUAUUCAAGCGUUGAGCGAACUAUGCUGCAAUACAAACUUUUUAGGCAGUACACAUCUUUAAACUCCUUUGUUACGCGAAAUAAGAAGCCAAGACUUCUAGACGCUUUAUCGACGAUGUAAUUCGUAUGAGUCUUAAACUCCAGCCGGUGGUCUAGGAAAACGCCCAGAUCGUUGAUGUGGUCCACCCGGGCGAUGAUUUCGUUCCCAAGAAUGUACUCUGCGUGAAGAGGGUUCCGCUUGCGAGAAAAAGAAAUGACCGCACAUUUUCUGUGGUUCAGAGGCAAGCAGUUGGUGUCACACCAGUGAGCGAAGGUGUUGAACUGCCUUUGCAAGAGAUCGAUAUCGUCUUGGCCAUUGAUGGUGUGGAAAAGUUUUAGGUCGUCGGCAUACGCAAGUUUUGGGCCGUCCAAUAGAGUGAGAACAUCGUUAAAAUAUAUGACAAAAAUUAUCGGUCCCAAGUGGCUUUCCCCAGAUAACCUUCGUCCCGUUAAAUAGCUUCGAACCAGUUCAGUAGGGAACCACCAAAUCCUAAGCGUUCGAGUUUAGCAAUAGCAAUAUCGUGAUUUACUUUAUCGAAAGCAGCAGACAGAUCAGUAUAGAUAUCCAGUAAAUAAGGAUUUUAGCAAGGAUGGUGAUUGGCGAAUAAAUCGACGAACAUAAAAUGAUUCACUCACCCCCUAAAGUAACCCAUUCCCCGAACGCAUUCGAAAAAAAUUACACACGAUGGCACUCAGUGAGCGAACCAAUCGGACUUUCCGGCCAACCUCUUUAGUUCAUUCAGGAGGCGAUUGGGUUGCCUGUCUGCCAUCCUAUGAUCCAAUCAUCAAGCGAUUGCUUUGGAAGAUGAUUCUGCACAGAAGAAUCGCAGACGAAUAUCAGCAGCGAGCGAUUGAUGAUUGCAAUUCUUUCGACCGCAUCCGAUCAUUCGUUCUUCUCGCAAAGUUGGUUUUGCUACAGUUUGGUUGCCUGCGUUCGGGCGCUUCUGAAAGUAGCUCGAGCGUCAGCGUUAGGUGGAUCCUUUUUUAUGAUGAUUAGUAUCAUUAAUACAUUUGAUUUGUUGUUUGAAUUAUGAAAUUGAUGAUUCAGAAACUACUUUUAUCAAAAACCGUUUUUAAAGCAAAAUAUUAUCUACCCAUUUUCGAUUUUAAGAAAUGUGUAUACAUCAGCUUAGGAGAUGAUGGGUAUAAAUGUAAUGAAAAAAGAAAUGUAUCCAUUUUCAUUAUCGGUGAAAAGAGAUUAUAAAACUUGUUCAUCUUAUAAUUAAAAUAAUAUCUCCAAUUAUUAACUUUAAAUACUUCAUAACUUUUUUAUGUAUUCUUCCGUUUUUCGACUGUUUUUGUUAACAUGUAUUGAAAAAUCCAUGAAAAAUUAUAAAAAAAUGUUUCAAUUCUUUAAGAAAGUUCAAAGCUCCAUCUAGAAUGAUUUAAGACAAGAAACAAUUGAUUAUUCAAGCCCAAGGUUUCCAAACAAAUAACUAUGUUUUUGAUAAAAAAAAUUCUCGAAUUCUGUGAUUUGAACCAAAACUUGUGUGAUGGUUUUCUGUGGCGCAGUUUAAAUAGAAUUUUCAAUAUUUUUGUUAUUUUAUUUUUGUAAAUUUUUUGUCUAAACUUUGCGAUGGUUUAAUCACAAGUUUGUAAUGUUUUCAUCAUACAUUCAUUUUUGAUAUAUUUACCACAUUUGUAAAUUUUUUUUCAUAGUGUUGUUAUUUUUUCAUCAAAAUUUAGCCUUUUGUGAUGAAAAAAAAAACUCAUGAUUAGUUUCAAAUUUGAACAAAUUUUAAUCCAAACUAAUCUUCAUUUUUAUAUUAAUAAAUAACACAGGGAAACAGCAUUUUUGGUACCUUUGUUUCAAAAACGGAUUUUGGAAAAAUUUUGCGUCUUAAAAUUCAAAACAUUUGUCAAAUUUAGUCUCUCACCUCUAGUUUUGGUGAAAUGGCGUGUGUAAAUUUUAAAAUUGGUCAGUUUUGGGUAAAAUUGAUUUUUGAUAACUGAUAAACAAACAAGCGUACAUGGAAACACAUGGAAAGAUUUUUUUUAAUCAAUUAAUUAUAUCUCAUUGAAUGUUCUUGUUUCAGAGAUACAACACUUAAAAUAAAAAUUGAAUUAUGCAAAAGACCCAAAAGAUUUGUUAACAACUAUUCCUCACAUCUCUCAAGGAAGUCAUUAAAUAUUUGACGAUGAAUAUUUCAGCUCAUUCAACAACUUUAAACACCCGUUUUUGUAAAUUUGGACAAAAUUUCCAAAAAGAAUACUUCAAUAACUUUUCUCUCAAAAGUCAAAAUUUCUAGCGGUCUUUGGGAAAGUUGAUUAUUGACUUGUGGAACGCUUCACGAUUUUGCGUGUCAUCCUUGCGCAGGGGCCAUGCUAAUCUUCUCUGUAUUGUUCCAAUUUUAGUAUAUGUUCAGCCGAAGCUUGAACAACUUAAAACCUUAAUUUUCAAAAAAAAAGUGAUAGUGUUCUCUAUUACUACCACAAAAGUUCCCAAAUUUGAUUAAUGUAUUUUUACAUGAUUUCAAAUUUUAUCUCGAAACAAAUAUACUCAAAAGAAGGACAAUGUUGCUGCAUACAUUUAGGGGCAAAAAUAUAAACAAUUCUCAAUAUUUUUUUACCUUAAAAACAAAUGAAAUUUUAUCUUCAUGCAAUUCCCUAAAUCCUCGCUCUAUUCCCAUGUUCAUUUUUUUCUUCAAACUUUUUCUUCUCGGGCAUUUUCAUGGAAAAUGACCGAUUUUUUUUAAUAUUCAAAAACUAUCAUCAUAUGACCAUAAAAAUAACACUUAAACUAAACUUACAACAAGAAAAAAGUUGAACUUUCGCAUUAACUAACCCAUUUGCUCCUAAAUGCUUAAAUUUGAUCAGAAGAGAUGUUUGUUUGUGAGCAUUCAAAAAACGAGAUAUUUUGAGAUUUUGAAAUUAUAGUUUGUAAUAUAAAAAAUCUUCUAAUAAAAACCAAAUUUAGCUUAUUUGUAGCUCAAUUCAUAGGCUUUCUAACGUAGUAAACAGUUUGCAGAUAUUUUAUUAUUAUACUUAGUUAAUGAUGAUAAUCUGCAAAAAUUUCAUGUUAAUCAAAGUUACCCCGCUGAUCAAAGUUCCCCCAGUUUACGGUACAUCAAAGUUUUAACUUAUUUUUCAUAUCCCUUGGCAAUAAAAUCAGUUUUUUCUUUGAAAAUAAGAAAGAUCAUAAAAAAAUAUGAACAUGUUGCGAAGAAUUCAAAUGUCUACCGUGUACCGUUUGGCCGCAAUGAUUUUUUUUGUUAAAUACUGUGUUCGGCGAUUGAAAGAUAUCUGAACGAACGGCGGGCCAAUCAUUUGCCGAUUCGAUUCCUUCUUUCAGUUGAACCAGUUGAAUCGGAUCAGCGAACGAAUAUCUGGAGCCAGGAAAGUCGAUGAUUGCAUCAUUGCAUGAUUCAAACCUGCCCGUAUGCAAGCGCCCAGCGUUCAAAACCAGCAGCACUCACAAUCAGAUUCGAUCAACGUUAUUCUUUUUCCACCAGCGUUCGGUUCAGACGAAGAUUCGCGAGAUCCGAAAGAGCGCUUGAGUGAAUCGUUGAAGAGUGUAUCGCGAUUGAGUGAACGAGUGGAUUCAAACCAUCCUUGCUUUCAAGUAUCACUUUUGUAUCCCAUUGUGCAAAAUUUAGCACUUCUAGCUUGAAGGAAAUACCGAUUAACUUUUAAGGUAUUUUUCAAUUAUACAACUGGUUGAAAGUGUUACGAAACUUUAACAGCAUUUUUUUUUUGAACAUGCCAAACAGUUCAUACGACCUGUUCAGAACUGCCAAAAUUUUGUUUUUUUGUCAUAGUUUGGUUUUGACAGUUCUCUUUGGUGUGAGACAUCUAGUGGCCCAGCCAAAAUUAGUUUAAAACGAUUGUUGAAAAUUUUACACAAGAUGUCGUGUUUUUAUUUCUUCUUGGCCAACGUUAAUUUAAUUUAUGAAGAAUUAAUCACCGUAAUUUAUAUUUGUAGAUUUCAUUUGUCGGCCUAGCGGUGAAAAGUGAUGUCCUUUUUAGUAGGGACAUCUAAGGAUUAUGAAAUUUUUUUAUAUAGGUGGAUAGAAGGUUAGAUGAAAUGAAAGAUGUUGAAAAUGAGCGGGUAGAAUUUAUUUAGAAGCAUAUCAUCACACAUCAAAUUUUUGUUCCUCACGGAAUUUUUUAUAAUCCUUAGAAGUCCCUACUAAAAAGGACAUUACUUUUCACCGCAAGGCCGAUAAAUUAAAUCUACAAAUUUUACACAAGUUUCGUGAGCUAGCUUGUACCACAGCCAAUAAGUCGUAGAUUAAAAAUUCGUUUGGUUUGGGUUUGAGUAAAAAAAAUCAUCACGAAAGGGUAAAAUUAGUUGGCAAAAACAGGGAAAAACAACGGCCGUCAUUCUUUUUCAAUUAUUUUUUAAACGUCAGUUGACGUUUCAUUUCAUCUUCGCGGAUUAAUUGAACAACAUGAACAGCAGUUUCGUCGCGAAUUUUGGAUGCCUUCUUUCAACCAGAUAGCUGACAAGAAAUAUUUAAAUAACGUAGUGCCGAGAGCCAUAUUGGUUUUUUUUGUGACGUCAAAAAAACGAAUGUAUCGUAAAUUUAUAUGCGAAUGGCAGAAAUUUUAAAGUACACGUUUAAGAACGAAAAUGAAUUCCAAUUUCAUUUUGAUUGUGUUGUUAGACCUCUAUUUCACUAUUUUAUAAAAAUGUUCGGUCCUUUGAAGAUUGCAUUAUGUUUUUUUUUUCUUAUUUUACUAAUGAAUGCAAUUAUGUCAUCUUGAAUCUGAAACGUGCAAAAAUGAAGAAAAAUUCAGCUUUAAAAAGGUCUAGCUGGUAGUAAUUGAGUGUUCAAUUGAUUGUCAUGAUUUUUAUCCAACCGAUUUACCAAAAUGCCAAUAAAUGAUUGUGGUAUUGUAUAAAAGUUUGUGUGUUUGAAUACUUUAUUGUUAUAUGGGUCAUAAACUGUACUGACUUGAACAUUUUCAUGGAAGACUUUGGACUAAUUUUAAAGUUUUGCAAAUUUGAGUAGGGAAAAUCCACCAUUUUUUCGCAUUUUGAUGAUCUAUUUUACAUAAAAAUUACUCGAAAAUCCAACUUUUUUGUACCGAUCUUAAAAUCAGAAUCUUUCUAGAAUAACAUGUUUUCAAAGUGGUCUGAAAAAGCCGAUAAAAUUUACCCACUAUCAAAAUUUCACAGUCGAAAACAAAAAUAAGAUCAAAAUGGAAAAUUUACAGCAAAUUCUCGAAUUAUCAUCAAUAAGGCAAAUUUUCUAGUAAAUUAACAGAUUUUUCGUGAUUGUGACGACAUAGUCGGUACCAAUACUAGAGCAGGGCUGCCUUGACACUACCUUCUAUAUUCAUUGGAUGGCUGAUUAAAAAUGACAACUAGAUAUUGUUUCAGUGGUUGUUCAGCAAAAAUUUUUGUUGAGAUUCUUCUCAAUUCAUGGAAUCAAUUAUCUUAACUUUUAUUCAAAUUUUAUUUGAUAUAGUUAAUUUCCAGCUAUUUUUGUGUUUCCUACUGCAACUUAUCUGGAUUUUUCUUGAUCCUGCCCAUAGAAUUUCGUCAAUGAACUUCAGUUUGGGUCGCAAUCUCAAAAAAGGCUUGACAGAACAUCACCCAAUUUUUUACACGUACCCAUUACAUUAUGAGGUAGGUUCACUGCAAAUUGCAUCAAUUUCCAUCCAUGCAUUCAAAAGUUAUCCACAAAACAAAGUGUUGCAUUUUUUCGAAUACAUGGCCAUAUAUAAAUUCAUGUGAAUUUUUAAUGACCGUCAAGUGAAAAUCACUUAAGUGAUCGAUCAAGUGAAUUUCAAGUGAGUGGCAAAGUGAAUACCAAAUGUUAACUGAGUUUUACAAACAAAGAGAUUUUACAUUCAAAUUUAAGAUUUUAAAAAAUUGAAUUCAAUUUAAGAGUACAGAAUCAAUUAUUUCGGAGUGUUACAGCUAUGAUUUUUUGUAUGCAGGGCUUGAGUCCUCUACGGAAGCUGAUUUUUUGUUAGGAAGCUAGAAAAACUAUCUGACCUGCAAUUUUUUGAUACACGAGUAAAAACUGUAGAAACGCGAACAGCCAUGGAGGGUUAAAACAUACAUAAACAAGUUUUAAAUGUUCAAUUUUCGAGUUCCGAAUUUUUUAUUGUAUUUGUUCGGGAUUCGACCAGUCUAAAUUAAAUGGCAAGUUGAACAUUUUCACGUCAACUAUUGCAACAGUUAAACAACAUGGGGACACCCUAUGAAAACAGAUAUUUUUUUUCCAUUUCUCCACCUUUUUUAAAAAAUAAUUCACGUUACAGGUAGCGAAAGUAGCAAAAAUACAUAUGUAAGUUGUUCUCUAUAUGAAAAAAAUUAAAACUGUAUGGUGUAUAUCAUCAUAAAAAUACGUUCAGCAAGAACUUAUCCGGGAAAUUAUCAAGAAAUUUAAAUGGCUCGGUUAACUAAAAAAGGCUUUUUAAGGGGGGGGGGUAGGGUCUAACACUUUAAAAAAAUCGAUUUUUUUAUUUUUUUAUUUUCUUAUUGUAAAACAUUUCAAGAAUGUUAUGUCAAAUUUUCAAGUCAAUUGAAGCAAAACUGUAGAAGUUAUAGGCCUUUAUCUCCUCCUAUCUAAUACUGCAAGAAAGCAAGAGCAGAAACUUCAAACGCGUUUUUCUCGAAAGCACAUUUUUAAAGUCCGUGGACAUCGUCAUUUGAAAACUACUUAUCCGAUUCUUUUCAAAUUUGGAACAUAUUUUCUACAUAUAAAAUACCAGACCCCAACGUUUUUCUUUUUUGAUUUUUUUACUUUGGGGAGAUUUUAGAGGUGAAAAAUGGCGGAUUUUUAAGUGAAAAAUCGUAGUUUUUACUUCAAACAGCCACAAAAAUUUCAUAAAAAUAUUUUUAAGUUAAAUAAAAACGUUGGGGUCCAGAAAAACAUCUAUUAAAAAUAUUUUGCUCUGAUUUUUUGACUUCAGAUGAUUCUGUGCUGAGAUACAGUGUCCACCGCAAAUCCUGUUUUCUAAAAGGCAUCCUUGAAAAUGCUCCGUCACCGGCUCAUUUUUCAAUAUUUUUCUACGAAAAAAUUACUAAAUGUUCUUUUAACAAUGCUUUGUAUAAUGCAAACAAUUUGAAUACAUUUGCUUGAACGAUAGCUCUAGAAACAUAUCGUGAAAAUGGUGUUUUUUUUAUACCCGUUAGACCCUACCCCCCCCUUAAGUCAUCAACUAUACAAACUAUAAACUAAUUGAUUUUAUCUCCCAAACAUUUUGGUUCGGCUAAACUGAACUCAGUACAACAAAAUCGAUAUUAAAACAAUUUUUUGUUGCUUAAUGUACAAUUACAAUUCGACCAGCACAAGUUUAAUACCUCGAUAUGUUUUCUUAACGUUUCGGAAAAAGAUCAAAAAGGUCUCGCCGGUAGGCUGACGACUUUUUCAACAAUCACCAAAUUUGAUGAUAUAGAUGACACUUUACACUGCACAAAAUUUAUAUGGAAUCAGAAUUUCAAAAUCGAAAUGUUGAAUACGAUCAGUUGGCAUUUUUGAACAAGGUUCGUUUCUAUGCAGCAUCUAAGUUCCUUGUUUUGCCUAUCAACAGGCGUUUCACAUGAUCGUUGGUUUAAAAUAUUUAGGGUAAACUCAACCCUCUGGCAACUUGACAGUUCAUGCGUGCCUGAUAAAAAAAUCGGACAACAAAUGUGUUCCAAAUCAAGCAAAUUCAUAACUGUCGAAUGAAUGAAAAAAAUUUCUACCAAAAUUAUUAUUCUCAUUCAAUAUUCUACAUAUAUAUUUAUUGUAGGGGAGAAUGAGGAUACUUGAUUCCUUCGCUAUAUCUCGAAACAGGAAUGUCUUAAAAAUAUCAAAUGUUCUAGAAAAAUGUGCAAAACAGAAAAAAAAAACAACAAUGCUGUUAUUUUUACUAAUUUUGUUGUUAUUGAACUUUGUUUGAAAAUUUUUACAAAAUGUGAUUUGAAGAUUAUUUACUAUCACUUUAAAAUGUUUCUAACACGAAAAAAUUUUCUAUAAUAAUUAUAUGUAUGUAAAUAACUAAGUUAUUUCAACUCAUGUGAAAAGUAAAUAUUGUGCAUAUUUUUCGAAUUGCUGUCAUACGUUACCAACCCCGCCUUCAGACAGGGUUUAUGUUUCAUCUCUCCUUCCUCAAGGUCGCGGUACACUUCAGGUGAAAAUGAAAAUAAAAAAUCUUAUUUUGUCAAAACUCAAAAAAGCGACACAUGUUGGUUUUGUAACAGGGAGUUAUCGAUGGGAAGUAGUUAAAAGAUAAAUUUUGAACUGUUCUCAUUGUUCAAACCUCUUAAAAUGUUUACAUUUCGAUGCCCCCGAUUUUCACCGUGGAAAUUUUCUCAUAUUGAGGGAAUUGAAAUAAAAACAUUUUUAAGAAGUUUGAUACAUUGAGCCCGUAUCGAAAUUCAGCUUUCAACUGUUCCCCUUCGAAGCUUUUUGGAGUUUUGAUAAGAUAAGAUUUUUAAUUUUCAUUUCAACCUGGGGUAUACAGCGACAUUACCUUAGCAUAUUUUUUCUCUCAAAAAAUUAAUCUAGAAUGACGGUAUCUUUUUGAAAAAAAUUGAAAUAAAUUUCAGAUUCCUAACUUUGAUAAAUACACUUCAAACAAACGAAAUUUUUCAGCACAGGUUUUUUUUCUCAUUUUAUUUGAAACUGAAAUACAAUUUUAGAAUCUUUAGAUAAGAAUUGGAAGAUUGAAAUGUGGCAAUAAUUAAAAUUAGAAAGGCAGUCCAAAUUUCAAAUUUUACACAGAAAAAUUCCAAAAUUUGGUUGGAGACAGUAUUCUAAAAUUAUUUUUUUUCUGAGUGCACCCAAGUGGAAACCUUUAAUGUUUAGCACCGAAAUUUCUUGAAUUAAUCAAAAUUUUCAAUUCAAAAUUGAGAAUUUGAAAAUUGAUAUCUUUAUUCUUCGAGAUACAAUCUAAAGUUGCUCGUAAACAACUUGAUUCCCCGCUCAGUCGUCAACUGUCAACGUUUAAACUUUCCAAUAAAAAUCUAAGCAAAAGUAUGUAAGUCGUUAAGAGAAAGACAGAAAGUUGGUGGAAAAAAGAAAACAAGUAACACAAUAAACGUAAGCAUUAUUACAGCAAAAAAGUCAAGUGCAAAUCCCAAAAAGAAGAAACCACACACACAGACUCACAAUAAAACACACAAACACAAAAUUGGAUCAUAAGUUAGAUUAGAAACCGAGCAGUCGGAGGUAAGAACGAGAGAAGAAUUAAAACGUUAUAUUUACUAGGCCCACAAAAAUACACACGUGAACAAAUAAGUAUUAUCUCACAACCGUAGUUAAACUUUCAUCAAAAAGCCAAACUGAACUGUUAAACACUUCAAUUAACCAUACGUAGUUGAGUCCAUUGUUUUUGUUUUGUUUUGACAACUAUUGUUAUUUUCAUCGUUUUUUCUCAAUAGGAUUGACGAAGUAAAAGUUAGAGGAGCAAACAAAAAACCGGAAACCAAAGUGAAAACUAAAUACAUUUGUAAUACCGUUUUAUAGUCGUUUUGUAUACUUUUUGUAACACCUUUUUUGUAUCCGCGUGUGAGCAAACAAUGGCGAUGUUUGGAAAGUCAGGAGAAAUACACCCAACAAAUCUGGACAAAAUAGAGCCAACAUUUAUUCCAGUGUAGAAACAAAUCAAGGAAGAAAUGAACGCAAAAAAAACUGAACCUUACAAAACCAAACCAAUAUAAUGCCACACAGCUAGUAGUUAAUUAAUAGUAUAAUCUAAGAAGAGAAUAGUUUUUGUGCCUGAUGCGGAACACUAAUAGUACACUUUUACACGAGAAAGACAACAAAAAAAUACACUGAGAGAAGGAAAAAAAACUUAAGAACACAUCUUCACACUCUAUCAAUAUAUAGGAAAAGUCCCACAAAAAGGUCGCGUAUACUUGCGUGAUUAGUUUCGAAGUUGAAUUCACUGUCUGCAAUAAAUGUUUCGGAAGCCAAAAAUAUAUAAAAGAAAUUACGAUUCGACUAACUGUGGCAAGAAUUAAUGGACGAAAGACACGAUUUUUCAUGUUUAAAUUGCAAAUUUUUCAAGUGCACUGCUCUAAGUUAAACUUGCAAUUUUAAAUGUAUCUACUCGUAGAGUAGUUUCAAAAAAUCCUCGAGCAACGCAACAGCGGAUUGAAAAAAAAGAUGCGUUUCUGAUGCUACAGUUAGCUCAAUUGCAGAAAGCAACUACGUCACAAACAAAACUCCAUCAAAACGUCACCACUGAGAGCAAUCUGAAAACUUCUAAAAAUUACUCCUAGAUAUAUACUAUAGAAAAACUGAUCGAACAAAUCUUUACAAACAAUUAAUAAAUCAUUCCCUUCUUGAAAAAAGAAACAAAAAAAAACUUUUAACAAAAAAUCAUCUAAACAUCUAAAUGAGCGGCUAGUGAAAAGUUCAGAACACUCAAUAACAAUAGAAAGUAAUUGUAAUAUGAGAUGAUGUAAUAUAAUCAUAUCCCCUCUAAUGCCAAACGAUUUCUUCGUUAAUUUUUCACAAUUCGAACUGAGUGUAAGGAAGCUAUUCUAUUUGCUGUUUGAACGUUUCAAAAGAACAAAAAAAAAAUGAAGAUAAGAAAACUAAAAAAUGAACACCAUUCUGAAUAUUUGUUUAAGAAAAUCAACUAUAAAGUCUGAACGUGUUAUCAUUUCCAUUAAAAAAAAACUAGUAGCAGAAUCCAUUUACGAUAAGUUUUAACCACAAUUGAAUCAAUCCAGCAUGUGCUGCUAUUUAAGUUACUGCGAACACAGAUCAACAUUAACAAACAACAACAACAAUUCUGGAUCUGGCUAAACGAUGUGUCAAACAAAUUAAAAAUAAAGUAUAUAAAUUGAUUUUAGCACAUAUUUAAAUCGAAACCAUACUAGACAAAUUGAUGAAAAGAUUCUAAAAUACACCAUUAAUUCAGAACAAAACAAACGUAAAACACCUUGUAAAGAAGAUUAAAUCGAGAACACGUUUUAAGCGACUAAUUAUAACUGGAACCCAGAAUAAAAAAAAAAAAAACUCCCGAUGUAAACAGCGGUAGCCAAAGAGACAAAAAUAACAAAAUUCUAGUCAUUAUUUGUGUCAGACAAAAAAUGGGAAAUGUUGGAGAAUCAUAACAUUUAAAACCAAAAAAAAAUCUAUGGAAAAACUGUGAAUAGAAGCUAGGCGGGCGGCCGCACGUAAUCCAACUCGAUGAUAAACGGCACAUGAAAAAAUCUCAGAAACCUCUAAAAGUAUCCAUAAUUUCCAUGUUGAAAGUAAAAGCAAAAAAACCCUUAACCAGAGAGGAAAGGUCACUCUGAUAACAAAAACAAACUUUAACACAUCGGUAACAUGUAAAAAUAAAACCAGAAAUACUUAAAGAACAACAAAACGCGGAAUUAAGCAAAGCGGAAAGAAUAAAGGAGAGCAUUUAUUGAAAACGAUAAA